UGCAGAAACAAAGUACAUCCUCACAACGGUCAUUAAUAAAAUUUUUAAACAAAAUUAUCCGUUAGAUCGCCAUGGUUGCCUCCUUAUAUCUUCCGCUUCUUCAGUGCACUGAGAAAAUCCAAUCCGACCCAUCUCUGCAAAUUCAUCGAAUUCAUCAAAUCAAUCGAAAUUCCAUCAAUGGGUAUGCAGUUAAACACCAUCCCUCAAUCCACAAUCACCCGAUCCCACCACCACACCCACAAGAUCUUCCUCUUCUGCAACUACAUCCUCCUCGGCGCCGCCUCCAGCUGCGUCUUCCUCACGCUCUCCCUCCGCCUCCUCCCAUCCAUAACCGGCUUCUUCGUGAUCCUCCUCCACGUCGCCACCAUCGCCGGCGCCGUAUCCGGCUGCGUCACGGCUUCUCUGGGCACCAAUAGAUGGUACGCGGCCCACAUGGUAGCCACGGUGUUGACGGCCAUAUUCCAGGGCUCGGUGUCGGUGUUGAUCUUGACGAGGACCGGUGCGUUCUUGGGGUAUUUGAAGUCUUACGUCAGGGAAGAAGACGGUGCGGUGAUAUUGAAGAUGGCCGGCGGCCUAUGUGCGGCGAUGUUUUGCCUUGAGUGGGCGGUGAUGACGCUUGCUUUCUUCUUGAAGUAUUAUACUUACGUUGAAGGUGAUGGGAAUGGGAAUUGUGAUGCUAAAGUGCAACGUGAUGAUGAUUAUAACGAUGAGGAUUUGAAGGAUUGGCCAUGGCCUUUCCAAGUUUAAAAUUUUCAUGAUUCU